GUGGUGCGGGUGCCGGACCCGGGCUCGGGCUGGAGGCUGGGAAGAAGACGAGAUUCAUCUUGCCCGCCCUCCCGUCUCCUAGGUUCGUCUCGCGGGAACUAGGAGAACCACCGAGAUGCGGGGUCCUCCAGUUACUAGAGGGACUCUCAGGGACGGUUUGGUCGGCGGGUCAGUGUGAGGAAGUACUUCCGGGGCGCCGCCAUUGUUCGCGCAGAGAGUUUGGUUUGGGAGCACCCGCGGGCCGCGUGCAAAACCUCUGAUCGUUGGGAGGCUGCGUAGGCCGCUCAGAGCCCAGGCUCCUGAGGCUUAACCGUUCCUCAAGACCCGAAUAAAAGAGGUCAGAUAAUGACAGCAAUGUCCUUAACAGCUGGGCCCCAGGAACUGGUGUCUUUUGAGGAUGUGGCCGUGUACUUCACUGCGGAGGAAUGGGCCAGCCUGGGACCUGCUCAGAGGGCCCUGUACAGGGAUGUGAUGCUAGAGAACUAUGCGGCUGUGGCCUCCCUAGCAUCACCCAGUUUCAAACCAGCUCUGAUCUCUCAGCUGGAACAAGGGAAAGAGCCAUGUUUCAUCAAUCCACAAGGUCAGAGUUGGAAAGCAGACCUUGCAGGUGAGUUGAGCAAGGGGUGCCCUUGCCAGCGGUGUCUCUUCCUUUGCUUUUAUUUCAUCAACAUGAGAGAUGUGUGUUUUUUGUGGAAAGCAUCAUGGAGUACAUUGGGAUCCUUGCUCACACUCUGACUGGUAUGUGAUUCCUUGCUCCUAUCCGUUUACACCAAGCAUGUCAAACUCAUCUAACGAGGCAUGCGGCCCAGCGGCUGUUUGACAUGCUUGCUUUACACUGUAGUAAACACCCUGCUUGAGCGUUUCACACACUGGGAUGCUUUUAUCCCUGGGGAUGUGGAAACGUUUUUCUAAACACUUGUCUGCUUGUAUGCAUAUAUGCAGAACCCAUGGAUACAGACAGGGUG